GAACAAAGAAACAAACCGCAACUGCCUUUAUCUCUCCAAACCAAAGCAACCAUUACCAACCCUUCUUUUGAGUCGCCAUCCUCGAUCGUUGAUGAUGUGAUUCCCACCACUCAGCUCUAACAACUUCGCUCUCUUUCGAUCCCUGCUGCCCUUUGGACUGAUUUUUUUUAGAGAGAAAAACAAGAAGCUAGUCUGCAAGUCUCGGGCCUGCUUGUAGCUUGGCUUGGCUUAUCGGGAUCUACCCUAUCUCAUCAUCUUCUCCAUCUCUUGCGUAAUCGGGAUUGGCUACAAUUCGAAGACUCCUUUUCAGAGGCGACAACCUGUAGGGUUCUCCUGUUGAUGUCUGCAUAGCAUUCUCCAUCAGACACGUCCCGGAUCCGGAGCUUAGCAGCCGCACUGUCGAUGGCAGAAACAGAUGUCUCUUCAAGCCUACCAGCUCAGGCCCGGCCAGAGGACGAGCGCAUAUCCCUCUCAUGUGCUACUUCCUCCUCCCUGCUGCUCCUAGCAACUCACACCACUCUAACCAACCACCACCACCACCAGGACCAGCUCACUGGCCAGCAACCUGCAAGUAACAGACUCACAUUCCGACUGAGUAAACUUCUGAGUCGCGUUGGAAUGUCUAUCUCCAUCGACAAUCCACUCAUCUUCCUCUAUCCUAAACCGGUUUCGGCAUCCGAACAGUCCCACUUGACCAACAUUCCUAGUAGAAAUCAUCCUCAUAAUAAUCAUAAUAAUAAUAAUCACAAUAAUCAAACUACAAAUCUCCUCUCUGGGCCUCAGAACCGACUCAGAAGCCAUCCGCAAGCAGCCCUCUUCCCAUCCUUCCGUCCUCCCUCUCCCCAGCCCCCGCCGAGCUCCGAUCAUCUGACCGUCCCACCGUCGAUCGAUGAACUCGACAGUCGCAGCACCAUCCUCUCAGGUUCCUUGAUACUCAAAUUCUCCAAGCCUAAAGAAAUCAGGAAGAUCAUCAUAUCCCUCUGCGGCCAGUCAUACAUAGGCUUCAACGAUAGACCCUACGAAUACCAGACCAUCCUCGCCAAGGAACUCGAGAUCGACUUGGAUGCACAACUCCUAAGCAAUCCUGAACAACAUCCCAGCCCAGGAAGCAUCCACUACAACUCUCAAUACAAGACUUAUAUUCUUGACAAGGGCAACUAUCGCUUCAACUGGUCUUUCAUCCUACCUCCAGAUCUGCCCCCCUACGAGAGAGGUCAAUUUGGAAGGACGACCCAUAAGGUUGUCGCUAAGGUCAAACUCGGCUCCGGCCUAGGCUUGGGACUGAAAUCCGUCGGAAAAAAUCUCACCUCGAUCCUCUUCGGCGUCGGAGGCGGCGGACAUGAGAUCGAAACCGAAUCCUACUUCGUCGCAAUCAGUAACCCUUCGGGGAGCAACGAAGACCUCAGUGAAGACCUCGGCCUCAAUCUCAACGUCACUGAGCUAUCCGAACAGUUAGGACCGUACACGUUAUCUGCGAGCUCUUGUUACUUUACCGUCGCUGGUCUUCUGUCGUUCAAAUUCAAAUUGCAGGAGAUCCCUCAAAGGAAGAAGAUCAUCAAAAUCUACAAGAUCGUCUGUCUUAUCAAACAGCAGUAUCGGUUGAUAUCUAUCAAGGAUAAAGACUCGCGAACCGGUGGACCCGCCGAAUCUUGGCCACCCCCUCAACGCCGGAAGGUUUUCGUUCUCGAUCAUUCCAAUGUGCUCGAUAUCAAGCGAGUUCUGCCCAAUGGACAGCCAUUGGAGCCAUCUGAUCAACCGCAAUCGAGUCAUCUUGCACCAGACUGUCUGACCCCGGCUUUCAACGUCAGUUCCAGCGAUUCAGCCGGUCGGGCGUCUUCCUCUCAUCGUCCCACGGGCACCAUCCAGCAAACCUCUCCUUCGCAAUCCCGCUCCCGAUCACGCAUCCGAGGGUUACUGACUAGCCCUGGUAGAAGUGGCGAGAAUUCAGGCGGUGAACAUAGUGAUCAAUCACGCCUUGGGAAUCAUUCCUGGAAUGGGCUGACCUCCAUCCGACUAGGACGCCGGCGCGAAGAGCCUGCCCAUUCGGAACCACAGCCAGCAGCUCGAGAGCCACGACUGUACUCAAGCCGCUCCGCCGACCGCUUAGGAAACUCUUCUACACCCGCCAAUAACAACUCGACUCCCACCGACCCGGGUACUGCCGCCGAGAAUGACCAUCCAAAUGGCACAGCACCUCAGACUACCGAUACUGGAUAUCAGAGGCCACGCUACCCCAGUCAUCAUUCCGUCCUCCCAAGACCCGGCGAGCAGUCCAGCGGUGCAGCAAGCAACCGCCAUCACGUCAUCCCCAGGGAGUCCCAAGAUGGCCAGCGCCACCCGGAGGCAUUCGAAGCCUUCCACCUCGAACAGGUCUCGCCCCCCUCAGUCGGGCAUCCCCACCGAGGAAGACAGCAGGAGAAUGCGCGGGCCGGCCGGACGGCGAGGGACAAGUCGCGCACCUCCCGUAGCCGGGGUCGCAAAUCCCGCCCGGAACACGGCCCUAACGAGUCCCAGCCGAAUCCCGACCAGGAGAUCCCCUUGGUCACCCUGACUGAUGACCAUCUAUCCUGGGAGGUUGAACAUAUUGGUCGACUACCGACUGAUGACAUCAUUCGACCCUCAACCAUUCCUGGCACGCAAACAAACAUACACAUCUUUCAUACCUUGUUGUUUGAAAUCCAUUACAGCGUCGAGGAUGAUAAUAGUAAGACUAAGGUUCCAGAUUCGAACGAUCCCGGGGGCUCGCACGGGCCUAAGAAAUCGUCUGCCGCCGAGUGCAACUCGUCUCCGAAUCCGAUCACACGGAAAGUGCUAUCGAUCAGAAAACCUGUUCAGAUUUCUUCCUGUUGUUGUAUGGUCGAGAGCAUGGUCUUGCCUCCGUAUUCUAAAUUCGACCCCAAUGCUCAAUUUGUCCAACAUCCAACCCCGUCACAUGCCGCACGUAUGUUUAAAUGUGUUUGCGGGAUGUCGACUGAUGUUCUCCUGAAGACGCAGAAUCCGAAGCCCUCUCAGCCCGGCCCUCACGGCGACCAACAGCCCGAGACCGCCGCCGCGUCGUCCUCCGCCGCCUCCUCCAGCUCCGCCGCGUCCUCCGUCACUACCUCCACCCUCACCGUCCGCCCGAGCUCAUCCUCCAAUUCCCUCAGCCCAUCCACCGACCUGCUUCUGUCUUCUUCCAUCAAUCAUCAACCCUUGACCGGACAUCUGAACUGCAACAUCAAUAACUUCGACAAUUGCUUCAUUAGCAUCAAAUGAAAUCCUUCCGUCUUCCAUCCCCUCUCCUUUCUCCGUUACUCUAUCUCUCCAUCUCUAUCUCUCUAUCUCGUAUUUGCACUAGGAUAUUUAUAGAGCUAGGCAUACUUGAAUACUUUUGAUCGAUUGCCAACCCGGCCGUGCGUUCAAAAGACGAGCGAUACGAACCGAAACCCGCCCCUCACCAUCCCUUUUUCUACAUACAUACAUACAUACAUAGAACGAUUUAAAUAUGAACCUUGCAUCUCAUAUAUUAUAUAUACACAGAUGCACAUAAAUACAUCAUCAUAAUCAUUAAAAACAGAUUGCAGUGUGAUUAGUGGCUUGUUAUGAUCCUAUUUAUUUCGGGAGUCUGGAUCCUGUACAUACAUACAUACAUAAGUUAUCAACUCCAUAUGCUUGCAUAAACAAAAAACAGUAAUGUAUAUAUAUAUAUCGAAACAAGGUAGUCAUUGAGAAAAGGUGUUGCUCCAAGGUACUCAGAUAUGCAUAUGAAGUGUGUGUGUGGGGGGGAGGGGCUAUGGGUCUCAGGACUCUAUAACAUCCACUUACACACAGUUGUGGUCUCUUGAUUGGAUGGUUGAUUGAAAUUUUCUGUACAAGUAUAUGUCUGAUUGAAUUCUCCCCCUCUCUCUCUGUCUUUAUUGUAUGUAUCAUCUAUCUCUGUAGAUCAUCUUGUAAAAGUGGUGGUCCUUUGCAUGGGUUGCUCAGUCCGUCCGACUCUGGGCUCUCAUAAAUUAACAAUGAACAAAUCUUGUUUGGGG